AUUUAUUUAUCCAUUUUUAACAUUUUCCUCUUCUCAUAAUUUCCUCCCCUCCAUCCUGAUCAGCUGCGCAACCCCUUGAUGUGGACAAACACACUCAUCAGAAAUCACGGUCUCCUGGCCGACACGACUCGUACUCGUUGGAGCGCUCGCAACAGAAUCACGCUCCAGAUUAUUAUUCAGUAGAUCCCAAAAAGAGCGGGUACCCGAAACAGGACUCUGUGGCCCCUCGUAACCAUUCCAAAUAUCCAGAGUACUACUUGGGGACAGAAGGGGGGCGAAGCAGAUGUGCAGAUCCAUAUCCAGAACACCUACUGCCCUCCAGAGGCAAGCAUGAAGACGGGUGUCUAGAGUUUGAACAUGCUCAUACUGGAAGAGCCAGAGAAGAAGGAGGGAGAGAUGCUGAUAGAGCGGUGAGGAAGAAGGAGAAACCAGCCAGACCACCGUCACCAAAGUUUCCUGUAGAGAGAGAUGAAGACUGGAGCAGAGAGAGACAAAGACCUGACAGGGGAAGAGACAAACGUGUUGAAAAAGAUUACAGGAGAGAUGUGGAGCAGGACCUCAGACCGAUGAAAGGCAGGGAAAAAUCCAGAGAUCGAGUAGCUAGUGGGGACAGACAGGGACAGAAAGCCAAAGACAGGAGUCGAGGCAGAAGCAGUGACCGGGCACUCGAAGAGGACUUUUUGGAUCAAGGACGUAGGAAGGAACGGCUGAGAGAGACCAGGGAGGAGGAGGUGGUUGGCGAGAGGAGGGCCAGGAGCCGGCAGCGUGUCCACUCCAACCCUGUCGAAGUGCUUGACGGGUACGUGAAUGAUAAAGAACGAGGAGGCGGCAGGGAGACGUGGGACCCCCAGCAGGGGGGCGGCAGUCAUACUUACACCAACAAGGAGACAGGUCGUAUUGUGCACAAAGGAAGUGGAGCGGUCGUAACAGAAGUGGACUACGGACUGAGUGAGGCCACCCAGGGGCUGACGAAUCUUAAUAUUCGCAAGCAGGAGCUGAAGGACAUGGAGGUCGCAAGAAAACUCCAAGAGGAGGAGAUGAAAGCAAGUAAUGUGCAUGUGCGUGCAGCCCAAGUGGCAAAGGAUGAGGAACUGGCUCGACGCCUGGCAGAAAACGAGAAGAAGGAGUACAGAAGGAACCGAGAACGGGAGAAGGAGCGAGAGAGGCUGGGCUCGGAGAAGAUGGCGAUGGAGAAAAGGCGGCAUGAGGGAAACUACAGGCACAAUUCAGAGGAAGUUGUGCGUCCCAGAACACGAGACGAGUAUGAUCAUCAGAGGCACCGAGACGAGUAUGAUCAUCAGAGGCACCGAGACAACCACAAACCUGCCAGACCACCUCAGCCUCGUACACACGACUAUGAGAAUGUGACCCCUGGCUAUGGCUACGCAGGCCACCCUGCUCCCUCUCGUCCCACCACAAGACCUGAUGUUGCUUACAGAGGUGCCUAUCAAAAGCGAUGACUUGGGCCCCAAACCAACUGUAGACAUGCUGUUAGUCCUUUAUGCUUUUUAUUUUUCUUUGCAUUUUUACUGUAUUUUUUUAUCAUCUUGCUUU